CACAUAUAUAUAUAUAUAUAUCGGUCGAUGUAUGUCUUGUACUCCCUAAUAUCGAUAUCGGCAUCGGCCCCCAUCGGGCCCUAAUAAAGAUGGAUAUCUGGAUCUUUAUUCGUAAAGUCACGUACUGAAGUUCACCAAUCUGGUUAAAUUUAAGACUGUGCAAAUCAUUCACAAAGCAAAAAAAAAAGAACUUCCCCGAAAUAUACAAACAGUAUUUAUGGAAAGAUUUUUCAAAAUCCAUUUCACAAUAACUCUUGAAAGUAUGUGCACAACAAUCUGUGGGGUGAAUUUGUGGAAUGUCUUGGAACUGGAAAUUAAAUGCACAAACAUAAUUCCAUUUGAAAAGAGGAACAAAAAUACCUUUUUUUUAAAGGGAUAUUGGGACGAGGUCAGAUGAUUUUGAGUGCGAUAUUCAAUUUUUUUUUGGCGUUUUUUUCUUUGUUGGCUUUGUGAAUAUUUUUGACUAAUUUAAUAGUGUAAGGAAUUUGUCGUAAUAGGUGAAUAUGGCUGCAAAUGUUGUACACAAGUGUGGUUCACAGUUUUUUUUAUCUACAGUCAAUAUUUGACUUGAAAUGACGGGAAAAACGAAGUGGGGAAGGUCAUCGAACGUUAAUAGUUAAUGAUUCCACACGAUUACAUUUUCCUAGAAUCAUUUAGCAAAUCAAGAGGGGGACUAAGUUUUUGUGUGGAAGCUCCUCCUCUUACUGCGCAUACAAAACAAAAGGGAAUCAAGAGGAGACGAGAGCAAGCCCACUCAAAUACACGGCUGAAAUAUAAAAAUUAGACGUCCGCCUUUCUGGACAUUCGAGGAAGACGGUCCUGUUGCCGCUGCUGUGAGCCAAGGACACACCGUCUAUCGAAUCUUCCUUGAAACCUGAGGAGCUGAGUUUUUCAGAGGAAGAUGCUGCGCCUCCCGCCUCUCGCUGCCCUCGUCCUCCUCUUCUCGUCCAUCGGUCCCAGCGUUGCUGAAGUGGUGCCGUUGAUCGCACAGUGUCAACAAUUCUUUCUUCAGAAUAAUCCACCGGAGAUACCGGGAAUCUUGGUGGGAGGGAACAUCCUGAACCAGAACAGAUACAAGCCCAUUUGCCAGACCUUGGCGAGCACAGUAACGUUUGUGACGCUCUACGACAUCACCAACAAGAUUCCAGUGUUUUCUGCCUACAAGUACAAUGGGAUAUCACUGGUUCCAAGACCUAAAACCAUUUGGAAGAUAGAACCACAGCUUGAGAAACCAAAUAACAAUGCCAAUAUGAGGAAAGACAAUGGGGGUGUGUAUAACAACCAGGCCGGGACGAAAGAUUACAAUAACCAACAAGGAUUCGACAGAGGGCAUUUAUUACCAAGCUGUUAUGGUUUCAGCCAAGAUGAUAAAAAGUCUACCUUUACCCUGACCAACAUUGUUCCACAAGUAGAUACGUUUAAUCAGGGAAGCUGGAGCAAUAUGGAGAACUGCGUCAAAUGUAUCAUGGAUUUAUACUGCGUCAACAACAACGGCGUAACAGAAGGCUAUGUGGUCAUCGGAGCACAGCCCGGCAACAACUUCCUCAACAACAAGAUGAAUAUUCCCUCCAUGCUCUGGUCGGCAUUCUGUUGCUACAGUCACAGUCAGGGGAUGUGGAUAGCAAGUGCAUACUUGGGCGACAACAUUCCAAACCAACCGGUACAUCUCCCGACGCAGACCUUGACGUAUCUCACAAGUCAACUGGGGUCAGUUCCAUUUCCUGCAAGUCAAUGUCCUCCCAUGACAGUUGUCACUCAUCUUUACCCAACCGUAGCCCCGCAAUGCCAAUGUUAAUGAUGAAUAUGUGAAAUAUCUUUGAAAAAUGUUGAGAUAACCCAACAUUUCAAGUUUGCUAAUAAGUGGUUCAAUUCACUGGAAUGUUCAAGUUGAGAAAACUUUGAAUAGUCAGUUGGGCAUCUGCUGUGCUACCUUAGGCCACUGUGCAAGGAUUUAUAUAUAUAUAUAUAAAGCUUUGAAGCUGGUUGCUUUACCUUUUUAGUUGGCUCAACGUUUUUUUUUACAGUGCUGUUAUUACACAUGAGCCUUAUUAGGGAGAAGGGAAUAACCCAUUGAGGACGUAAAAAUUACAAAAGCAUUCUGUCAAAUAAUCGUGUUGUCUGUGUUGAAUGGUGAAAAAUGUAAAUGCAUGCCUUUAAUCGGUGAAAACAGUGUGCAAUAUUUUUACUAUUGUAUACAUUGAGAAACCCCCCCC